AUGCACUCCAAUGGGUUUUAUUAUCACGCCUUCCCUGCAGAUAUGAGAGGCAAGGUUUCUAAUACUUCUUCGCAAGCUGUAUCUGCUGCUUCACUUGGCGCACCAAUCUUUCCCCCAACGACUGCCGACGACCAAAGUGGAACAAGAAACGUCUUCUCUGCCAUUCAGGCUCGCCCCAAUGCGAAUCGCACCACUGGUGUUGCUACAACUAAUACCACGAUUCCUAGAGCCUUCAAUCACCUUAACGAUCUCAGCGCUCCCCCUAUCGAUGGCAAAGCCCUUUUCCUUGGAAUGGUGAUUGGCAAUCAGCUAAACCCAGGCCAGACCGGCGCUCCCCCUUCUCCACGCAGCCUUGAACGUGCCAAGUACAAGGCCCCGAGGCAAUUUCCCUACCUAAUCAAGAGAUCUCAGGAAUUCUCUAACUCAGACACGGAGGGAGAAGCUAUGCCUCGGAAGACAAGAAAGACAGAAAACGCCAGCCCCUUUCAAAUCAUAGCCCCACCCCGCACCUAUCAGUUUGAGCCACCCAUGAUUUCCUCUCGGGGUAUUCAGGUCCAUUCCAAUCUUUCUACCAGACUUGAUAAUGCUCACCUCGAAACUGUUAAUAUAAGUAUUGUUGAGUAUCGCAAGGCCAAGAAACAGUUGGACAUUGAGAUCGCCGGGCUUCGCGAAGAUAAGGAGAAGUUCAAACAGAUCAUCAGCGAGAAAAACAAUGAAAUCCUUGUCAAGGAUAACGAAAUCGCAAUCCUGAAAUCAAACGCCCUCUUGGACGAGUCAGCUUUAGCUCACCGAGAUGAGACGAUUGCUGGGUUGCAGAAGCUUGUGGGUCCUAAUGGCAUGCAUGGUCGCGAGGAUGAAGAGAAAACGUUAAAGAGAUCCAGGAAGAACCUUCGCCGCGACAUCGCUGACCUGAAGAAUGUGAAGAUGGAGUUGAUGGAGGAAAUUGAGGCAUUAGAGGUCAAGAAGGAGAAACUCGAGUUCGAAUGACUUGGUUGGUGUAAUGGACCUGGGUUUGAUAGUCAGAGUGUAUGCUUCAUUUAGGAUCGCUGGUCGGGCUUUUCUAUUCGUGUACUCAAUUAUUCUGAUCAUGAUGUUCAGAUCAGUACCUAGCCCACAAUUCUUCUCAGAUG